ACUUUACUGGGUCCCAUCACACGCCACGUGUGAUGGGACCACAUGGACUGCCAGUACUCAGCCUCCACCGCUGGACAGGUGCAUUCGUGCUCGCGACGAUGAAGGGACCGGCGCGUCAUGGAAAUGGCGGCCAGAGCCGCGGGGUGUCGUCCUUGUCGGAGCUCAAGCAUCCGCUGCCUCCAAACUUUUUCGUAUGCCCGCAAACGACACCGCAGGAAGAGUCCGAGUGGAUUCAAACGGGGUUGCGUGCACUGACUGCGCUCGUGCGCGACACUCAGGUGACGGGCGGUCCAAUGCAGUGGACGUUGAACACGGACACGAACGGGCUCCAAAUCUACUGGGGAUCCGACAUCGGGAACUCGGACGUGACGCUCUUUAUGAGCGUCGCGGAGAUCGAAGCCUCUCUCGACGAAGCGGCCAAGCUCCACAUCGCCGACACGCCCGAGGCGUACCACGCAUACAUUGCCCGUUACAACAAAGACAUCAUCGACUGCGCGGUGCUCAAAACGCUCGCGCCUCCGACGAACGAACACCCGCACAACUACAUCGGCCUCAAGUGGCUCACGCUCGAGAUGCCGGUCACCAUUCGCAAUCGAGAUUUCACCUUUGUCGAGUGUCGCGACGAGUUUUCCAUUGACGGCGUGCGUGGGUGGGCGCGCGUGCUGCACUCGGUGGAUUUGCCUUGGGUCCCUGAACUGCGAGAAGCCAUGGGGAUCGUGCGCGCGUCCUACGAGAACUCUGGAGUGGUGUUCCAGGAAGUUGUGGGCAAGCCUGGCAUGCUGCGUGUGUCGCAGCUCUGGAACACCAACCUCCGGGGGUCCGUCCCGACGUGGAUUCAGCGCAUCGGGAUCAAGCGCCGCGCCAAGUCGGUCCUGGCCUACGACGUGUUUUUCCGCGCCAUGCGGCUUGCCAACGAACCGCUCCUUGAUCUGCAAGAGAUGGUGCCUCCGUCCAGCCGCCGCACGUGCUUUCUCUGCCAGCGCGCGUUCAACACAUUGUCGAAGCGACACAACUGCCGACGAUGUGGCCAGGUCGUGUGCCGCCGUUGCAACAAGCGAUGGGAAAUCACAGAUGCGCGUCAAGUCAUGCGAUACGUGCGUGUGUGCUUUCGGUGUUCCGCCGGCCCGCCCAUCGGCAACUCCCUCGACGACUCGGAAGACGAAGCGUCGGUCGUUCACCACGACGGCCACCACCACCACGAGAUAUCGGACGUGCGGUCGGAACCGACGUAUCGUCGGGCCAAGUCGUCGAGCCACGUCCAGCAGGGCCGUCCCAACUAUCAUGUCGACCACGAGCCGAAGCGCCACCCGUACGCGCCGCCGCACCAUCGCCAAGAGUCGUACCCACCUCAGUACGUCGUGCACCACCGACCGGUGGCCGUGCAAGCCCCGGGCAACUCGUACGACCAGCCCCAACUACCGCCACGCGACGACCAACAGAAGCAGCAUCCCACCACAUCGCACCACCGCCACCCGACCAAAGGGAAGCCCGCGCCAGCACUGAAACCCCAAGUGCAGCCUUUGCAGCACAAUCCGUGGGACGACAUCCCAUCCAUUCGAGACCUGCCCCCGUACCCUCACCACCACCCCAUGUACCACAACAACUACGCCAACAAUGACCACGGGUCCUCCACUGUGGCAAGGACGAAACAGCCGCACGACGACGAUAACCCGAGUCGGCAACGCCGCCCCCACCACCCAACGCCAUCCACUGCCUCCUCGAACCAGCCACCCCAGAGGGUCCCCCCUCGUGGCAGCGCAGACGACCGCACGACUGUAUCGAAAGCCCAGCUCGUCGACUUGUACAGACAGCUCAAGCACACCAAAAUUGGUAGUGGCUCGGCGACUCCCAUGUCCCAUGCUGAAUGACAGUGCCACGCUUUGUUUCAGUUGUCAGACAAGUAAUCCAUGUAUACGUGCGUUUGCCA